AUGUUAUUCCUUCUGUUUUGGAAGAAAAGCUGUGUUUUCAAUCCACAAGGCAGAGCUGUGUUCAUCACAGGCUGUGAUAGCGGCUUCGGGCAUGAGCUUGCUAAAAGAUUAGACCACAUGGGAUUCGUCGUGUUUGCUGCCUGUUUAUUCCCUGACAGUGAAGGAGCACAGAGUUUGGUGAGGAAAUGCUUGAGUCAGUUAAAGGUUAUUAAAGUUGAUGUUACACAAGACGAAGAUGUGGAACAAGCUAAAAAAACCAUUGAAAACAACUUGCCCGAGAAAGGUCUUUGGGGAGUAGUAAACAACACUGGCAUUUCAGACUGGUCAGAAACGGAAUGGAAUACCAUUCAGCAGUAUCACAAAAUGGCGGAUGUAAAUUUGUUUGGGAGCAUUAGAACAACUUUACCGUUUAUCCCUCUGAUAAGAGCAUCAGAAGGUCGCAUGGUUUUUGUCUCCAGCAUUAUGGCUUUUUUUUAAGUUCCAAAUCUGAGUGUGUACAGUGUAACCAAAAGAGCUGUUGAAGCUUUCGCAGACUGUUUAAGGGUUGAACUGGCCACCUUUGGUGUGAAGGUUUGUAUCAUUGAACCUGGCAACUUUGGAUCAGUGACUAAGGUUCUGCAGGAGAAAGCAGCAGAAGAGAUCUGGAACCAGUUCAAUGACGAACACAAAAAAAUGUUUAACCAAGAAUAUUUACACAUCAUUACUGAUUAUAUAAACACACAGUUGAGGGCUGGAAAUAAGAACAUUAAUUUGGUCAUAGAUGCCAUGGUAGAUGCUCGUGUAUCACCUACACCACACACAAGAUACCUCGUUGACAACAGGAUGAAUAAGAGGUUUUUUUUCAUGUUUCCUUACUUGCCUACCUGUGCUGCUGAUUCAUUUUUUGCCUGUAGUGGGAUUUACAGAAAAAGAAAAUCUAUGUUAUUCUCUAAACAGGUACAGUAGCUGCAAGUAAUUUAAGUGCACUCCAGCUCCCCCUUACCUUUUACAGUGUUUCCAAUCAUUGUGAGUGCUUCUGGUUUCAUUUCUUCAGCUAUAGUGUUUAGAUUUCCCUGGAUGGCCCUACCUGCUUGGAGAAUCCCUUGUUUAACCCUGUUGGCCCCACCUGCUCAGUGUAAAGGUAUAACACAAAAUACUAUGCAAUGUCAUGGGCAGGCAUGGCCUGGGCUGGAGAUCUGCUUAGGCUACAAGUGCAGUUAGUGUGGUGGUUUCAACUUUGCGUGCCUUCUGAUCUUAGUGCAAUAGAUGAAUUAUCCAAGGGAGACUUGUGCAACCGACACUCAUACAAAAUACAUGAAUGUGUUCCAGAUUGAAUAGCAAGACAGUAAAUAUAUGAACUGCUUCCAGCGGAUAGGUUCAGUCUUUAACACAACUGACUCAGAGGCAGUGGUCAACCCUAAAAAAUCUGGACGGGGAAUAAUGAAGCUUUUUUCAGCUUUCUGUUUUGAAGCCCUAUUUUUACACAGAGUUGGACAUUUCCCUAAUAUACCCUAUUCUAGACGCCCCUUUAUUAAGUUGACAGCGCGCUGCACUGUGCCUGUUGACUUCGUCCCCAGUUCAGAACGAGCUACGGCCACACUGCCCAUAGGCACAUCUCUAAACAUUACAGGGUGUACCUGCCCCCAGCCUUUUCCUUUCUAAUGUAUUCUACUGAUUGUUUAGGAUCACUUUGUAUAUCAUUUUUAUGUUAAGGCAACACAUCUUGCUUGCUUUUUAAGUUAUUUCCUUUUUUGUUAGAUUUAUUUUGUUAGUUGCCUAUAUUUCUGAUGGUCUGA